UUUAUUUUCCAUUCAUGAAAGAGUAAAAUCCAUCGAGAAUAAGAGAAAGAAUGAAAUCUCUGUGUGUCAAAGCUUUAAUCUAUAUGAAUUUACUGGGCUACUUGCCAUGAAAUUUGCUGUGGAUGAAAUAAAUAACUCCAGUAGUCUCCUGCCUUGCACCAGACUUGGAUAUGAGAUUUAUGAUAUCUGCAACACUCCUGUGGUGGCCGUACAAGGAGCUUUGAGGUUUUUGAGUGAAAGAAAUGGGUCAACACUUCAAGUUCUUUGCAAUUAUAUGAAUUAUAGUACACGGGUAAUUGCUGUUAUUGGCCCGUCAACCUCGGAGAUGGUUGUUUCAACUGGAAAGUUGUUUAGCUACUUCUAUCUCCCUCAGAUAAGCUUUGAGGUUUCCAGUGAAAAAUUCAAUGACAAGGCCACAUUCCGGUCAUUUUUCCGAACUGUCCCAAGUGACUUCCUUUUUGCUCAAGGGAUCGUCAAGCUCAUGAAGGAAUUCCAGUGGAACUGGAUAGCAUUAGUGGGAAGCAGUGAUGAUUAUGGGAUUCAAGGAACUUUAGAAUUUGCAAACCAAGCAUUCAAGAAUAGCAUCUGCAUCGCCUACCAAGCAUAUAUCCCCAAGGACACAAAUUAUUCUGCUAUCAAUGGAUCAUUGCAUGAAAUUAUUUCAGGAAUAAAACAGAGUAAAGUUAAUGUCACUGUGAUGAUCACUUCUCUACAUGAAACACAAAUUUUUCUAAAUAAUGCAAUACAAUGCCAAUUGAGAAUGGUUUGGAUUGCCAGCACCAGCUGGUCUCUCUCACAAACCAUUCACCAACUGCCUGGAAUUGAGAAUAUUGGCACAUUCAUUGGCUUUGCUGUAAAGAGUAACAUUUUACCAGGAUUUGAUGACUAUGUCCGCAACCAGUUAUCCCUGAUACAGCAAGGGAGCCUUCUUCGGAAUGCCACGUCACCCAAACAAAACAUUGGCCAACAAGUUCUAUCUGAGGUCCCAGAUCUACAGGAAAAAUGCAAUGAGUGCACUUUAUUGUCUCCAGAGAAUAUCACGGAGAUAUUAUCUGCUGAUUCAUUAAAUCUUGCUUACAGAGUUUAUGUUGCAGUAUAUUCAAUAGGCAAUGCUCUGCACUAUAUUCUGAAUGGUUCUGAUUCUAACUGCUCUAAUAGUACAUCUAAAAUAUUUCCUCAUCAACUUCUAAAGAAAAUACAGACUCAGAGCUUCAAUUUGAAUGGUGAGUCUUUCAGCUUUGACCCGUAUGGAAAUCCAAAUACUGGUUAUGAUAUCGUGACUUGGAGAUUCAGUGGAAGAAGCUCUUAUCUUAUUGUAGGAGACUUUCAACAGCAGCUCAACAUCAGAAGGUCGAUGAUUGGAUGGUACAGCACUAAGAUUCCUAAGUCGACCUGCUCCAGAGAAUGUUCAGCAGGCCAGAUUAAAAUAACAGAGGGUUUCCAUACUUGCUGCUUUGAAUGUUUGACGUGUCCAGAGGGAACCUACGCGAAUGCUUCAGAAUGUUCUCCGUGCCCUCCGGGUGAAUGGUCUAAGGCUGGAAGCAAAACCUGCCAAUUUCCGACCUUCCACUUUCUUACAUGGGGAAACUAUUAUGUUAUUGGCAUUUUGAUAUUAAUGGCAGUCAUUAUGUUUCUUAUUUUUGGAGUGGCUCUCUUGCUUUUGAAGUACCAGAACACCCCAAUUGUCUCUGUAACUGGUAGAUCCAUGUGCGGCGUUAUCAUGUUAGGUCUGGUAUGUAUCUGUCUGUCCAUCUUCUUCUAUAUUGGACAGCCAAACGAACUGAUGUGUCACCUACAACAACCGUUCCUUUCCAUAAGUUUUACUGUCUUCCUUGGACCUAUAGUGGUAAAAUCCAUUAAACUCGUGGUUUUUCCUUCCGAUAAAUCAUGCCUGCACUGGCUCCUUAACCGGGGAUGCUGGAUAAUUAUAUCUUGCUCUUUCUUAGGACAACUGUUGCUUUGUGCCUUGUAUAUCUUCUCCGCAGCACCUUUUUCCGUAGCUUCCAUAGAAGUAGAAGCUAUGGAGAUCUACCUCAGUUGUCAAUAUGAGCCUGUGCUUCAGUUUUCUUUGAUGUUUGGCUACAAUGGGCUGCUCGUCUUGGUGUCCUUCGUAUGCUCUUUUAUGGCCGAAACCCCCAUCAACCAAUAUAACUCAGCGAGAGAUAUCACAUUUUCUAUGCUGACUAUGAUUCUCGCAUGGAUUAUUUUCAUACCCACUUACGUAAGCACCCCCGCUGCUUAUAAACCUCUUAUUCAAAUGGUAUUUAUUCUAGGCAGCUGUUUGGGGAUUUUGGCAGCUCUGUUUUUCCCUAAAUGCUACAUUGUCCUUUACAGAAAGGAAUUGAACAUUAAUGAAUAUUUUGGGAUCUGUAAUGAAAAGAACAACUUUGAAAACAAUGCGAAAUAG